CCUAGACCUCUCCCCGCCACACAAUCAUUUUAGAAGACAUCCAGUCUUCAUGUUUCAGGAUUUCCAAUAUCGCCAUAUCCCCGCGCUCUUCGUAGCCUGCACACAAUUCUGGGGUACCAUUUGGUGGCUCAUCAGCGGCACACGCAGCGUCCUCAUACAAUAUGGCCUGCCGGCCCGGGUCGCCGAUAUCCCGGAGACGUGGCCUGUCUGGCACAUUGGGAACGCUCGGGCAGCUUGUCUCGGCAUCCUCAUGUUCAUCUUCUACUCGCGACGCCAGUACGACGUGCUCGACAUCUUUCUGGCUGUGAUGGGCAGCCUUACGCUUGUUGACAACAUUAUUUUGAUCUCAACCGAAGGCUAUUCGAUGGGCUUCUGGCUUUAUUGCUCUGGUAUUUUCGCUGGCGCGGGGUUGGUGGGUUUCACUCAGGGUUCUUGACUGUCUGACUGGGUGGAAAGGAACUUGGGUCGAUCGUCACUAGGUUAAAACGAGCUGUCGCAAAUACGAGAUUGUUUAGAUAAUGAAAGGCUAUAGCGACCGAGGGGCACCAGCUACGGCUGCUCGUGGCGCAGUUUGCGGCUUGUGCAGUUGAGGAUGUGGAUGGAGGGUUGGCCCGAGUUAUUAAAUAAGAUCCCGGCCUUUACCGCAUAUUUGGUCAGUGAGAUGACAAACCGUUCAGUUCGAGAAAUGAGACUACUUUACACGUACCGCGGCUAUGAUGGCUGUAAUUAACAAUAUUGGGGGUUCAGAGGCCUCUCC